CGGCUUUGACAUCUUUCUUUCGUUGCUUUCAUUCGAUUUCGCAUCACAAAACAAUCCUUUGUAUUUCGUAAAAGUUAUCAAGAAAAAUCCCUUUGAAAGUUAUGGAAGACUGCGUGGAAAUCAACUCCUCCGAUGAAGGUGAGCCAGAGCGUAUCGGUAUCUCGUCGGCGUCAUGUUCGCCGCUGCCGCAUUCGGAACGUUCCAACACGCCGGUUUCGGCCAAUCUGCGGCAACAACAGCAACGAAUCACCCGCCGGACCGAAAACGGUCAGCUGAAGAAGCUGGAGACGGACCCGAAGUUUUUGGCCAACUUCAAUCCGAACACAUCGCGCCGCGAGAAGCGAAAGCUGAAUCGGAAAUCGACUCCGCUGGUGGUGCCCAAAACGACCGGAAUCUACAACGAGAGGGGAAUCCACCGGGAAACGGGAAAGGAUAUGUGCGACUGUUUGGAUAUGAGCUGCCCCGGGUGCCACUUUCCGUGCCAGUGCUGUGGGAGCUCAAAGUGCGGACCGCAUUGCAGGGUGACCCGAAAGUGGAUGUACGAGAGUAUUGAACACGACGCCAAGGAUUUGGUGAUUAGAAAUAAAUUAAUGAUUAAAAAAUAGGCUACAAUUGAUGUGUGAUGUUUAAAUUGCUCGAUACUAGAAUAAAGAUUGUCAGAUAUAUGAAUAA